AUGAUAUUGGGAUUAAAUUUUGAAAAAAAAAUAAAACGGACGAUCCUUUCAUUUCGGGACGAUGGUUACGACGAUAGCAGUGGUUUCGACGAGCAUGAUGUUCACAAAGUUCAUGAGGACUCCAACUUUGUUCUUCCGUGCAAACAAAACACACCAUCGUCACCAACAUCAACAGCAAAAAGAGCAUCAUCACACGACUUGAAACAAUGGAACGACAUACAUGUGGAUACACUGACAUCUGUAACGUCACACCUGUUGACCAUCCUUUCAUUGGCGUCCAUUUUCUUCAUCGUCGUCGUCCUCAUCUUCAUCACGCAACAGUUUUUAUACGCGCUCCUAGACAUACUGUCAUAUUCCUCAUCACUGACCACAUCGUCGCGCAUGGAAGCAAGGCAGGCUUGCUUCCAUGCGAUGAAAUGUUUUAUGGGGCGCGAUGAAGCAAUCUUGAGAACGCCUCCCAUCAUUUAUACAAACACUAGUUAUGAAGGAACCCACAAAUACGUGGGUUGUGGCAGGCAAGUAGAAGCUUCGCAAAGUAAAGGUGUAGUAACCUCUACUGCUGCUAGUGUGGCUACCACUGCUACUACUGCUUCUGACGGUGGCGACGAUGGAGGCAAUCGAUUUCGUCACAAAAACGUUCUUCAAGUCGGAAAUGUUAACGAAUUGAAGUUCAUCUGCUUGACUUUUGCCGAAACUAAAGUCUAA